GUAUCCUUAGUUUCGUACCAAGAUACCGUAGCAAAUCCAGUCAUGGCGAUGCCAAAGAACCAAGAUGAUAUUGAAGCAGCGCCCGAUCCGAUUGCAGUAGAAUUAGCCAAAAUCCCAACACCGACUACCACGGCCGUCAAGAAAGACUCCGAUCCCUUCCUCGUCUCCUUUGACCAACCCUACGAUGCCGAGAAUCCAUUAGAUUGGCCAACAGGCCGCAAAUGGAUGGUGACCGACGUCUUGUCCGCUACAGGCUUUAACCGUAUCAUGGUCUCGACAAUCAUGGCCCCGGCAUUAUCAACUAUCGCCAAUGAUCUCAACAUGAGUUCAGCCGAGUCGGCCAUGUCCCUUUCCAUAUACCUCUUAGCCACCGUCUUUGGCCCGCCGCUUAUUGGCCCAUUGUCGGAAAUAUACGGUAGAACAGUGAUUCUACACAGUUCCAACGUCUGGUUCCUCGUUUGGAAUCUUGUUUGUGGGUUUGCCCCGACCAAGGGUACACUUAUCGCAGCUCGCUUCUUGGCGGGUUUUGGUGCCAGCGCCAUAUAUUCUCUUGCCGGAGGUGUUCUUGGAGAUGUGUGGAGGCCGGAACAGCGAGGCAGUUCAUUGGGAGUCUACUUAAUUAUCCCCUUGUUUGGUGCAGCGGUUGGUCCUAUAAUUGGUGGUUUUAUGGCUGCGCGAACAACUUGGCGGUGGAUGUUCUGGGCUACCUCUGCAUUUCAAGCCGUCAUGAUAUCCGUGUCUUAUUUUAGUUACCACGAGACGUACGGACCACUAAUACUCCGACGGCGUGCCCAGCGCCUUCGCAAAGAAACUGGGGAGAGCCGAUAUCAUACUCAAGGCGAAAUAAUCGAUGGGAACAGGUCGGCCGUUGCCAUUCUAGUGCAAGCUUUAUCGCGACCGGUUCGUCUCUUGCUUUUCCAUCCCAUCAUCCAAGUUUCAGCCGUUCUAUCGGGAUUUAGCUACGGAAUUUUGUAUGUCGUCCUCUCUACGUUUUCUGCUCUGUUUACGUCCCAAUACGGACAGUCAGUCGAAAUUAGUGGAUUACACUACAUUGCUUGCUCCCUUGGCGAGUUGGCCGCCUCGCAAGUCGGUGCGCCUUUGAUGGAUUAUUUGUACAAGCGGCUACCGGCACAUAAGCAGAAUCCAGAGUCUCGUAUGCCAUUAAUGUUCCCCUCAACUAUUAUCACGUGGGUAGGUGCCUUGAUAUAUGGGUGGGCGGCUGCGUAUCGACUGCAUUGGAUCGUAGUUGAUAUCGGAGUAUUCAUCAUGUUAUUCGGCAUGCAACUAGGGGGCUUACCUAUAACGGCCUAUGUUAUCGACGCGUACGGAGAACACACAAGUAGCGCUAUGGCGGCACAGCAAUUUCUUAAGAGUUUAAUGGCUUUUCUAUUCCCAUUAUUCGCUCCAAGCAUGUAUGCAGCACUUGGGUACGGAUGGGGUAAUAGUGUACUGGCCUUAGCGGGCUUAGUACUUUCAAUCCCUCUCCCGAUAUUCUUAUGGAAGUAUGGAGCAAGGUUGAGGGCCAAAGCAAUUUCGACCUACUAAGGAGUGUAGAGAAGUAAAAUAUACGGACUGUCGCACUCUAACCCUGAAAUAUUUCCUCGGAACUUUGUCCAUGUCGACGCGUACCUUAACAGGGUGGCAAUAGUCUAGGAAGAAUCACCUUGGAAUACUCGGGAUAAGAUGCUUGCCUGCACUCUCCUUAUCAUUGUGUCAACUCAUAACAAGUAACCCGGAUACUUCUCUAUCUUUGGUAUUUUAUAUAGGUUAAUGUCGUACUUGGG